UUAGCCUGUGAACAUGACUAUAAUCAUCAUAAUGGAUUUGGAUAGUUGAAGAUGAGAACAGAGAUGGGGAACACAAACACAUCAGGAAUCCAAGAAGAAGAGGGGGCUGCUUAUACUAAAGCUCCACAGCAGGCCGAAGAAUCUCUGAAUGACCCGCCUUCUGCAAAUGAUCAUAACGUCGAAAAAGUAACACCAGUUAGUAGAAAUGAGCAAGACGGGGUGGAUAAGGAACGCGUUUCUCAGUUUUCUGAAGUUCAGUUAGAAGCAAAGGAUUUGGCUAUAAAAUCGAGUGGUGUCCAGAUAGUUGAUUCGAUUGAAGAAGUGGGGAGGGAUGAAGAAUCAGUGGAACCAAAAUAUGGAGAAAACAGUGAAAGUAGUGAUCAGUCCUUUACUCACUCAGGGGAGGUGGAAAACGUUGAUGCAAAUCUCGACUCUAAGUCUGAUCCGUUAACACACAUUAAUGGUCCUGUCCAGCUUCUAGACCCCGAGUCCAAUCCACCAUCAAGCAACAGAGAGAAUUUUGCAGAAAUGGAUGAUUCUUGUAGUGAUGAUGAUAUGAAUCACUGCAAGAAGACAGAAAUCGAGCAUACUAGUGCUGUAGUUGCUUCUGGUGUUGAUGUUGAGGAUGUGGACGAGGAAAAUAAUGAGCUGAUGAUGGAAGAAACGGCUUCUCAACCAGACAGAGCGAUCGAGGAAGAAGAUGCAGCUGUGAGCUCGAGGGAUAAGGUUGAAAACGGUUUGGGAAAUGAAGGUGAUAAAGAGGGCAAUCUUGAGCUGAAUUUGGAUAAUCUAGAAGAAGAUGUUGCCAAGAUGAAUACAUUAGACUGUUCUGAUGCAGCCUCGAAACCAAACGAAGAACGUAUGUCUCUUCCUCAGGAGAUUAAGAUGGCUUCAGAGAACAGUUUUCCAGUCAAUCAGACAGAGCCUAUAGAACAGGAAGUGAAUGAGUUCAUGAUAGAGUCUCAUAACCAGGAAAAGGAAGAGGGAUAUUCAACCAAGGAGAAUUCCAUUUCUUGUUUGGGAACUGAAUCCAUAGAAAAGCAGGAUUUGGUGUCUCGACCCGACAUUGAUGCUAAAGAAGCUACUGAAAUAGUCUCAGGAGAAGAGAUCUCCAUUGUCCAUAACCAUGAAGAAGAGAAGGCUGGAGAUGACAGCAUUGUCCAGAAACUAGGCGACCGCAAUGAUUGUCUCACAAACGAGACAGAGGACGAGGAGCAAACGUUAAAGAAAGACAAUGAUAGCUGUGAUGAUGCAGCCAAGGAAUUGGAAUUUGAGGGUGCUGGUAAUAGUUCUGAACUACCAGAUAGCGACACAAUCAAGCAAAUUUUCGUCACAAAUGAGGUACGAGGGAUCCCAAGGCCAGAGAAAGAACAACCUCCCGGGACAAUAUCAGAACACGAAAUACCAGCAGACCUAUCCGAUGAGCAAUGUGCAAACGGGAUCAUUUCUCCACUUCCAGUCAUUCGUUCUAAAACGCUGGAAACCACGAGGAGGUACAGUGUGGACUACAGCUCAGAACAACCUGCAGGCAAUCAGAUUGAAACCAGAAGGUUCCCGAGCUUUGAUUUUGGCAUUCCUUUUGAUGCAAGGUCUUCUGAAUCUGAUCAAACGCCCCUUCUCCGCCCUGACAAGCCCCCUACCAGACGCUUAUCAAUCGACUUCCAAAACACAGCUCUGCAAGCCACAUACGCCCGAGACUCCCUGGACUACGAUACAAUGGGAGUGGAAGAGAAAACCAUUAGAGUGGAGAGAAGUGAUCCUGAUGCUGGUCCAUUCUUGAUCACACUAAAGAAAGACGAAAAUGGUAACCUCACAGACAAAACAUCAAACAGUUUGCUUGCAGAUAUGAAGGAAGGGAACAUGAUGUUCAAGAACAUCCCUCCUCCAGCAAACGAUCAGCUCGCAUUAGCUUCACCCAAAGGCGGAAAUGGGAAGCGAAAGCCUCUCCCUUCAUUCUUCAGCACAUGCAUCUGUUGCACAGCUACCAUCAACUGAAAAAACUUUCAUCAACACACUCAUCAUCAUUUACUCUUUUCCUUCUUUUUUAAUUUUCUUGAUUUUACAUGAUUGAUCUUUUCUGAC